AUGUUUAACGCUUACAAUUUACGCGCACGUGAAACUUGUGACAUUGAUUGACAGCUGUGCAGCUACAAAAAGCGGUUUUUAACUUCAGAAAGAAUGGGCAAAACAAUUUUAGCUGAUGAGGCUGUGCAAGAGUUUGUAAAUGGGCAGUAUGGAGUUCACAGUUGGAUGAUCGGGCUCAUUGUUGGUCAUUGCACCAGUCAGAAAGACUUUGCUGUUUGCCUGGUUCCGAGUCCCAAAGAAGAAGCCGAAGAUGGGGAGACUGACAAACAGACGACACUAGAGGGCGUCAGUGAGCACUGGAUUGCUGAGCAUGCAAGACAGGUGACCCGAAUGCUGCCAGGAGGUCUUGGCGUGAUGGGCGUGUUUGCCCUGGCCCCGCCCGAUGCGAUGAAGAGCGCUCAGGCUAAGCUUAGGCAGGUGUUGUUUGCUGUGCACAAGCUGCUGCGGAAGCACAAACUUCUGGAGCAAGGAGAGAACUCCACCGACUGGACCAUGCUGCAGAUUUGUGACACUACGAGAAAGUUAACCUGCCGCACAUUUGAUGUCUCGAAUCCACAAAGUACAGCAAGACCGGCCGAUUGGAAGUUUCAGAGUUUCCUCUCCCGAUGGCCCUACCUGCAUUGCAGGAUACACGUUGACAUCACGGUACCUGUGCAGCAUCAGGCCACAGAUUGCGGCCAGUACAGCAAACAGAUCUCGGCGGGAUUGUCGCCUUUUGUAGAAACUAUCCACGACUGCUUAGCCAUCGUCAACGGUCAACUCAGAGAUCCACAGGACAGUCUAGAAUCGGCACAAACCAAGCGUAAGUCUGGCAAGAAGACUGGCAGUUCUGGAGGGGCCAGUGCUUUGAAAUAUUCAGUGGAACUUCUAGCACAAAAUAUAAAACAAUGUGACAACAAGGUUCAGCACAGUCCCUGCAGUGCACGUAUACAGGUGCAUGGGGUGAUGGAGAGCAGGUCCUAUGUGCACAACAAGGCUACAGUGCAAGAGGCAAUACAGGCAGUGAAGGAAGAUGUGAUUCGUAGCUUGCAAGCGAGGCUGGAGCUGUUAUCAGAUGAAUUACGGCAGAGCAGCACGGAGGAAGAAGUCAAAGAAGUGGACACAGAACCACCCUGCUCCAUAGCCACGCCCAAGCGUGUCUUUGCCACCUUGCCCGGUACGCACAUCAGCGUCUGCGACUACGCCUUCCGUGAUGAGACGCCACAGGACUCACUGGAUAGGCUGAAUGAGCUUCUUAACCUUCAGGUCAUGGAGGAGCAGUUGGAACUGGAGGCUGAAAAAGUACCAGAUGAUAGUGAUAUGGAAGCAUCAGACCGGAGUUCGUUCUCGCUGUCGGCUGCGGAGAGCGAGGAGGGGCAGCAGGAGGCUCGCAAGAGAAGACCGGUCAAAUAUAUAGGUGCAGCACUAGGAGCUGCAGGUGCUCUGCUGGCAGCUGGGUUGUCCUAUCUAGUCAUCCAACAAGAAUGAACCAAUCAGAACACGGCUUGUAACGUUUCCACCAAUCAGCACGGAGGAAGCUGUUUCUAUCCAGCAAUGGAGCAAGGCCGACCACGUCCACAAAAUCUGUAAGAAUCUAUUGUUCAUGAGGAAAUUAGUGUUGAUUUGGCAAUUGUCAAUUUCUUUGUCUCGGUAAUUUCUUUGGUCAUGGUUCAACUUCAGACAUGCCAUACAGAUUGUGAAAUUUACUUUCACAAUAGGCUUUAUUCAUGAGUCGGCCAUAUUCAAAUAAAAGCAGGGCAAAAUGGAAUUGAAAGCAAUGAAAGAAAUUUAAUUAAUAAAUUAAUUUCUGUCUGCUCUGAUGAAUAAUUUUGUGAUUAAACAUUUAAAAAAAUUGAAAGCGAGGCUUGGAAUGCAUAAAUAGUCUGGUACCAUCCCAUUCAACAGUUUACAAUUUAUAAAAUGCAUUCAGGGAAUAAGAUCAAAAAUGGCUGCCUUGUGAAUAAGGUGUAUUGUUUAUUUGCUGAAGACUAAAGUUGCUCUCUCUGUGCUAGACAUAUUCAUUUUUUUCUCUUCACCAUUUUUUUUUUCCAAUUUGUAAUUUUUUUUAAAUUAAAAAAAACUCUUUUUUCUGUUGUGGACAUUUUCAAAUCUCUUUAAAUAAGCUUUUAUUUUGGAUUUUUUUUGCGCCCAUGACGCAUAAAAAGGUAUGCCUGAUUUCAUGUCAGGCUGCACAUCAUACCAAAAACCUUGGAAAGUAAUUAUUCCAUAAUUUAACAUGGAAGAUUGUGUAUGUAUCAUUUGGAAAGUAAAUUACUUUGGUAUUGCUAGUAAACUAGCAAUUUAAACAAAACAAAUCUACCUUUUCGGGGUGAAACUUGAAAAUAAUUUUGAGCGAGCAACUUAAUUAUAAGCACUUUUUAAAAAUAGGAAUUUUUGCAAACUCCACCUUAAUAGAAAAUGUAUAAAUCAUAGGAAGAAACAAAUAUGCAUCGAUAGUAUGUACCACUUGGCCAAGAUGCGAUCUAGCAAAUAGUACAAAUCCACCUAGUCUGUGUGAUGAUGCAUUCUCUAUGAAAAUGCAAGUUGCUGUACGAAUUGAUAGAUAGUUGCACAAAAAAUUUGGAAAUUUGAGUUUGUUCUUGUUUAUCUUUAGACAAGGUAUGACAGUGCAUUCCCUUCAAAGAAAACAAAAAUGAGUCCACCACGUACUCUCAAACUGACCAGAAAAUAGUUUGAAAAAACAAGCAGUGUUUAAUUUUCCCCCAAAAGCUGCAACAGUUGCAGCCAAAUAUAUGCUUACCAUUGCCCUUUUUUACAACCUUAUCGUUUAACUUUUUCCUUCUGUCACAUGCUCGGAAUUCUCAACUUUAGUUUUUACUCUCAAAGAGUUUUUUUUUCAAUAUUCAAACCUGCCUUUUUGUGGGUAGACCAUAAGGCAAAGCAAGGAAUGACACAUAUUGGUUCAUUACACUGUUUAAAAAUCAUGCGUGUUUGUUUACGGCGGUUUGGCAAACGUCUGUUGCUCCAAACAACACAGUCAUGUUUUUUACCGGAUGGAUUUUUACCAGGAUAGUGUGCUUGGUCUAUCCCUCCUGCUGCUAUGUUGAUCUUAAAGUGUCGCUGUCCACGCCGUGUUGUAUUGCCAUUCCAACCUAACAGUAACCCCUCGACAACACUUACCCGAAAUUCUAGAGUGCUCAUUUUCUGAUUUGAAGCUAUAGUGUUGAACAAUACCAUGGCAGUCAGCAAUUACGUCCAGCAUAUUGAAGAAUACACGUUUCCACCAUUUCAUGCUGCGGUGUGUGUGAGUGUAAUACUGAAAACAUUGACCAGCCAGACCAGUCCCUCCCAUGUUCUUAUUGUACGUCACGACCGAGCUGGGUUUAUUAAUGUCCCGAAAUCCUGUUUCGCUCUUGCUACAGCGAAUCUUCUUUGUGGUAAGGCUGCAAUCACCAAAAGUUAUCAGUAGAAUGACAUGGGUUUUUUUUAUCUUGCCAAACUACAUAUAAUUGGUCUGCUUUCUCUAGAAAGUGGGGGUCAUCUCCGCAUGAAAGAUCAUGCCACAUUGAGCCCAGGUGGAGCUCUUCGUGUUGAUAGGGUUAUCUUGGCUCUUCUUCUUGCAUACAAUGUAUGCUUCUGUACAAUACUUAACAUAAAAUACCACAAUAUAUACCACACUAACAUUAUAUACACGUACCUCUUAGACAUAUACUAUAAAAAUACCACCUAAAAAGAUACAAUACUAAAUACAUAGAUACAACUAGUAACAAGAUAUAUCAUACAUCCACAGAAGAUCGUGGAUCAUCCCAGUAAAAGGCAAAUCUUGCAGGUUGUCAUUGUCAAGAAGUGUUGAGAAGUUGCCAGACAUUUUUCCAAAUACAGGAACGGAAAUACGUCCUCCUGCAUUUUCUCGUACAUCCACACUAGAUCAUCAGGCAAAUCUUGAGGGUUGUCAAUGAGAAGUGUCGGGAUUCUGUUUACUAGUCUGAAGAAGUCCAUGGUAUGGUAAGAAGUAUUUAUUUGACAAACAACAUUCAGCUUCAAUACAAAAUUAAAUCAAAUGAAAAACAUGAUAAUACAAGCACUCUGAUUUGAAUUUACAAACAAAAACAAACAUAAAAAUAGUUCCAGGUGUUCCUGAAAAGGAUCGUUAGGUUUUAUGGUUUGGAGAUCGGCUAGUAUUGUCGCUUUCGUUUGAUGCCUUUUGUUGGUUGAUAGGGUCUUGUGAAAAAGCUCAAGAGUUGUUGAGCGGUGAGAUGAUCUAGAACCUGGAGUCUUGAGCAAGCUGUUCUUGGGCUGAGCGUCUAGCAUUGGUGAGCUGGGCCUCGGUUAAGUGUAGUUGAUGCUGGUACUCCUCCAGCGUUACCCUUGUGAAGAGCAACAAUGUUCUUUUUUGGAGGUUGCUCCAGCAUUCCUGGAGCGAUUUCUGAAAUUUCAGAUACCGAUGUGGGCAUGGUGGCCGUAUCUUAACUUCGAUGUAUGAUGGUGGUGUGGUAGUCUCGAUUGACCGGGACAAGAGCUGUAUCUGGUUGUUUCUGCUAGAGCCUUCACCUGUUUGAAUUUUGCGUCGGGUAGUCAGUGUGAGAUUGUUGGUGGAUAGGCCGGAAUCUAAUUCCAGAGACAAGAGAAGUGACUCAUCGUCGCAUAGAGUGCCGGUGGGAGAACGUUGCCCACAGGAGAUGCUAGAUGCGGUGGAACUGCAUGGAGACGGCGGCUAGCUGCUCUUGCUCCUGCACUUUCUCUUGCUCUUGCUUGACUCGAUCUUGCUGAAGUUUUCAUUCAUACAAAUUCAAUACAUUUGUAGUGUUGUUAAGGUAAUUCUGCAACAGCCAGUUGAUGUGGACAGUCCAACCUUGGUUUUGGAGACAAAUUGUCCUAUUUUCUUGUCCUUCUUGCGACCCUGUAGUGCAUGAUAAUACCGCUGUGUUGGUCCUGAAAAGGACCGUUUGGUUUAGUAGUAAGAGACCGACUAAUAUUGUCGUUUCAUUUUGAUGCCUCUUGUUGGUUGAUGGGGUCUUGUGAAGAAACUCAGCAACUGUUGAGCGGUGAUGUGAUCUUGACCCUCGAAAGCAGCAAGCUGUUCUUGUGCUGAGCGUCUGGUGUUGGUCAGCUUGGCCUCGGUGAAGUGUAGUUGGUGCUGGUAUUCCUCUAGUGUAACUCUUGUAAAGAGCAAGGACGUUCUCUUCUGGAGAUUGCUCCAGCGAUCCUGGAAUGAGCUCUGAUAUUUCAGAGAUCUGUGUGGACGUGGUGGCCAUAGUUUAACCUAAUAUAUAAAGGUGGUGGGGUGUUAGUCUCGAUUGACCGGGAAAGGAGCUGUAUUUGGCGGGUGAUGUGACCCUUGGCAGAUGUCAAUGUGUUGACGUUUUCUGACAGGAGUUUCACCAUUUUGAAUUUUUCCUCGGAUAAUCUGUGUGAGACCGUGGUUGGUGUGGAUCUUGAUGUGGACGGGCCACAGAGUCUAGUUCACAGGAUAGAAGGAGUGAUUCGUCGUCGCUUGGAAUGCUGGUAGGAGACCGUUGUCCACAGGGAAUACCGGAUGAAGUGGAGCUGGAUGAUGACCUUUAGGUGGAGUGGGGAGUGCAGCCUGGUUGUAGGUGUUUCGGCAGGUUCUUGGUCUUGACGGCAUUCUCCAAUAGGGUGAUUUGCUUGUUCCAUGAGACUCGUCACAAAACAAGUGUUGGAGGAACACUGCUAGUUUUCAGGCAAAUCUGUAGUCCUCAUUAUCUAGACGAUGUUUCUGGACUGGUUGCUUGUCUCUUGCUCCGGGGGCUGAUUUUACUUUCUGUGUCUCUUAUCAAAAUCUGACUGAUGGGAGUUUGAACUUCAGUCUCUUAUUGAAAUCUGACUGGGGGAAGUUUUGAACUUUCUGGGCCAGGGUAUCAAGGAGAGAAACACUGUUUUCAGACAAGUCUUAAUCAGACAAAUUUGUGUCAGGAAUAAUCUGGGCACUUUGGAAUCGGAGAACUGGAGAUUCUUGAUUCUUAGCUUGAUAAGUGAAAUAAUGCUCAAUCCCAUUCAGAGACACCUCUUAUAAAUUUGCUUGUGAAUAAAAAUUGUUUGUAAGAACAACACAUUAAGUUAUUAUUUUAUUAUUAUAAAUUUUUGACAAAAUCAAGACUUUACAGCCCGUCUUGAACCACUUUCCAUAUAAAAUACUAUAAAAACUUAAAAGUAAUCAUUUAAAGAUAAAAACUUAAAGUAAUCAUGUAAACUGUAAAACAAAAAAGAUAUUUGAAAUUUAACUUAUAAGAAAAGAAAAAGUAAAAUCAACAUGAUAAAAUCUACAACCAACCCAAAAAACAAGAAAGAUAAAAUAGACGCGCAGACAAAAAUUACACACAAUAAAAAAUACUUUAAAAAUAUGUACAUAUAAAUUUAAAAGUGGGGAAAAAACUAGUAAAUAUAAUUCUGAAAGAUAGGAACAAAAUAACAAUAAACAAUAAUGGAAAUGCACAAUAAAACCAAAUUACACACAAGUUAUUCUAUGGUAUGUCACUGAGAAGUUCAUUUCUUCAUUUGAGACAAUGGGGUCUCAAAAUGGGUAGAGUUAAGAGAGAAAUCAUGGAAGUUUUGACCGGAGCCAAGUUACUCAGGCAGUGGGUUGUGUUAGGUUUUAAAUACAAUUAUGGCUUUAUAUUUUAGAUACCGACAGUGUUGGCACGGCAUUUCCCAUUCGCAAGUUGUGAUGUAAAAGACUUAAAUCUUCCCCAUAUUUUUUUAGUGAGUACUGCCUAUCUUCAAAAUUAGACCCUGUUAACAUGGCAUCACCUCUUCUGUAGGUUUAUUACCAUAACAUUGGACUUCGGCCCCUCAAGUGUGAAAAAUUGGGAUAUAUAAAACAUAUCCAUCCCCUCCCAACUGAAAUUAUUGUCUAUCUGAGUGAUGAAAACCUAAAAAUUAAUUUUAAGUUGGCCAUACCAAGUUUUUAACUAGGAAAUGCACUGUCAUACCUUGUCUACUUCGGAAAUUAUGCAAACUAGUGUUAAACGCUUAUUUUCAUCCUUUUUUUGGUGGUAGUAUUAAUGUAAAUUUCUUGACUAUGCAACAUGUAAAUUUCAGUGAAUAUUUAGGUUUUGCCUUUCACCGAAGUAUAAACACUGAUUCAAAUCAGCCAACUGAUCCCGCAAUCUUGAUGGUUGAGUGGUAUUAAAGAUGUCUGCACUUGAAAGCAGGAGGUCGUGGGUUCUAGUCCCACCCAAUCAAGUUUUUUUUCAACUUUCACUAGGGAGGUAACACACUGAGUAUACAGUGUUUAUACGUCAGUGAAGAGCAAAACCUAAAUAAUGAUUUACAUCACCUCGACGCAAAUUCCAUCUUAUCAAUAGUAAAUUUCAGUGGUUGAAUGAAAUUUUACUAUGAGAUGUCGAUGAAGAGGUCGACAUUGUAUACCAGAUAAAUGUCACAUUAUUGGGUUUUCAAAGGAAGAUCAGUUGCUCCCCUCGCGCUCAGUUCCCAUACCGAAACGUUCAUGUAAACAAUGCAUUAGGUCAUUAUGUUGAACCUCUAUUGUACAGGAAAAUGUUGUGCGUGCAUGAGCAUGUUUGUUUUGGCCAAGUGGUUCAUUUGUAGUCGUAUUAAUUUCAAAAUAAUGCCAAAAUGUUUAAAAGCACUAAAUGGCUCUACUUGUACAGUAUAGGUCUCUCUCAAAUGACGUCAUUUCCUACAGACCAGCCCCAUGCAUCGACAUUUUGAGCGUCACCUUGCAUAACGCGCAUUGGCUGCGUCGUAUUUUGAACACAUUUCGAGCAACAAGCACAUGUUUGGAACAUUUACAAAACUACACAGUUGCAGUUCUCCUACAGAGAUGGCCAUCUUUGAGAGGGAUCUAUUUGGUAGUUAUAACAAUCGUCCUUGGCUCAACCGUUGAUGCACUCUCUGAGUUGGCUGAUUUUGUGAAACAGUGGGAACUCUAGACGACAGAUUUUUUUUUUUCUUUUUUCAAAUCAAGAUUGUUCAUGUAUUGUCAAAGUCUGGGCUUUUGUAAUUUUUUGACAAUUAUUGACCUUAAUUUUCUCAAAACCCGUUCAUAUAUUAAGAAGGUUAAACAUCACACAUGUAUGUACGGUAAUCAUAAAAUGGCUAUAUUACAAUGUUUAUUUCUAAAUGGGUGAAAUGCACCAGAACCAGUCUUUGUUGAUCUUGGUGUUGGUAAAUUUGAAUUGAAAGGAUUACCAAGAUGAUGGAAUAAUGUUUAUUUUCUAACUGAUUUUAUUGAACAGUAAUCGUGCUUCAUUGCAAUAAAAAGAACUGCUUUGAUUGUCAAAUUGUUGAAGUUUUUACAUUGUACAAUGUACUUGAAAUAAGUCUGAAGCAUUUUGAUCUUUUAGAACUUUAUGUAUUACAAAAAUAUUUCCAGAAAUUGUACAUCAACACAUUUCACCAUCUAAACCGCAAAGUUCCAUUUACA